AAGAGAGAGAGCCAUGAAUGUUUCUGGCCACAGCCUCGGCACUGCUGGCUCAGUUAUUUAUUUUUAUGCCGUGAAAGCACUUUGUUUCUGAAGCCUCCAGUCCCUUUAGUUAAAAUGGAAACAAAUUGUGUCUAUGUUCAUUGACUCUGAUUUUUUUUUUUUUUUUUUUUUAAAUGAGUGAGAAGGAGCAGAUGUCUUUUUUUUUUUUAACUUUCAACUAGGUAACUGAACUGUUAAGCAGAUCUUUGGAGUGGAAAACAGCUGAGUAUUUCAAUAUGUCUUUAAACACGUCUGGAGGCGAUCUUUAACUUGGAUGGGUAGGAAUCUGGAACAAAAAUUGUAGUCAAACUGGCACAACGGCUCAACUGAUGUGUCGGUCGCGAACGAAACGGCUCUUAGAGCCGGGUCUUAGAAGUGAACGACGGGAGUGAGGGAGACCAGAGAGAGAGAGAGCAGCCCCUACAGAGACAACAGGCUGGAAAGGAGUAGGGGCAUCGGACCCUACUGUGCCCUUCAUGGAGUACCUGGACCAGGACAAUCUGGUUUGCCUGAAGUGGGGGUUUGAUGAUCUACAAGGAAGCAUUACAUUCAUGCUGGCCGUCAACACGACAGGCUGGGUGGGCUUUGGCUUGAGUCCGAACGGAGGAAUGAAGGGAUCAGAUAUUGUCAUAGGGGGACUUGGACCCAGUGGAAGCUACUUCACAGACCGUUAUGCUACAGGGAACUCCAUGCCUGUGGUGGAUACACAGCAGAGCUACACUCUUUUGUCUAUGAAUGAAAGGGAAGGUCAAACCAUUAUGACUUUUCAGAGGUCCAUUCAGACGUGCGAUGACCAAGACUUCUAUAUCACUGCUCAAUCCAUUAAGCUGAUCUAUGCCUAUGGCACAACAGAUGAGAUCACUUACCAUGGUGCCCGCAGAGGUACCAAGGAAAUCAACCUGCUGAACUAUAAGUCCAGGACCACCAUACCCAACUCAGACUAUCUGAGUGCCACAGUGGACAAUAUCACCGUCCCCCCGAUUCAUACUUACUACCACUGCAAGGUCAUGAACUUUCCAAACUUAAGUACAAAACAUCAUAUAUAUCAGAUUCAACCGGUGAUUGAGCACCAUGAUAUUGUUCAUCACAUGCUUUUGUACAGCUGCCCCCCCUUUGUGACGCAGCCGUACGACAAGCCGUGCUUCAUGGGCGACAUAGGGGAUGCCUGCUUUGGGGUGGUGGCUGCAUGGGGAGUGGGAGGAGAGGUAUUUGAGCUUCCAGAAAAUGCAGGUAUUCCUAUUGGAGGUGGGGACAGUGAUAUGUUCUACAGACUGGAAAUCCAUUACAAUAACCCAAACCUUGACGCAGGCAGGACAGACAGCUCAGGACUAAGGCUAUACUAUACAGCCCAGCUCCGGCAGCAUGAUGUGGGCAUCCUGACCACAGGUGUGCAGCCGUUUGAGUAUAUGAACUACGUCAUACCUCCAAAAGCCCCUGAGUUCCAAACCUACGGUGUGUGUAAUACCUCUCUCUUUUCUCAGAAUUCUGUGCCCGAUCUUCAAAUGUUCGCUGUGCUGUUGCACACUCACUUGGCUGGGAUGAAAGUCAGAGUUGGCCACUACAGAGAUGGAAAGCAGAUCGACUUCUUGGGUGUGGAUGAAAACUACAACUUCGAGAUACAGCAGAUUGUCAGUCUUGGAAAGAUCAAAACCAUUAAGCAGAAUGAUGAGAUUGCAGUGGAGUGCACCUACAACACUGUCAGUAGGACUGGAGUCACUAAGGUGGGUAAACACUAUUUAGCCUAUAAUCUCAUUUUUUUAUUGCCUGCUACGUUUCAUAUUUUCCUCCUUCAGAUGGGGUUAGGAACCACUGAUGAGAUGUGCCUGGCCUUCCUACUCUACUACCCUGCGAUCGAGAUAACCUCAUGUGUUAGCUACCCAAAUACAAUGUCUCUGUCGAAUACAAGCUACCAGAUGUUUGAGGAGACCACUUCAGACCUUGAUGAAAUUGCUGAGUAUCAGAGUUUGCUAAACACCCUACCACAAAUUCAGGUGAUCUCUUCUGAUGACAGCAACUACACAGUUUAUGAAAAAGGCAUCAUAAGGGAGAUGAUGAAGACUCCGACUGUCACUUGUCAGAACCCCAACGCUUCAAGCAGACUCUACACUCCUUGGAUUCUGGAAACAGCAGGAAUAAUUCUUUCGCUGCUCUGGAUUGCAAUAAUGUAAUGUGGUAGAAUGAACAACAGAUCCAAUCCAUUGCAGUUUUGAUAAUUUAAACAGUUGAUCAAAUCUCUGUCUGUUGUAUGUUCAAGUCUACCAGACAAGGUGUAUACCAUUUUAUAUUUGUGUUUCCUAUCAUUUCAUAACAUAUCUUUUUUCCUUGGUAUUAACUUUCAAUCAGGGUUUGGGGAUCAUAUUAUUCACCAACUGUAGUAUUGAUUAUCAUAAUAAGAUUUACAUUGCUAUUACUGUAAACUCUGUUUCAUAAAAGCACAUCAGAGACAUGCUAGUUAACUACACACUCAAUUUAUAGAAUUAUAAGAUAUUAAAUUAUAAGAUUUAAAAAUGUAUGAUGGCAAACUUACAUUACAUCGAGUUAGAGUUUGGACCAUGGACUAUCCCUUUAAUAUUUCUGAAUGAGUGAGACCAUUUUGGGCAGUGUGGCAAAUCAGUGACUAAAUUGUUUUGUUGUAGUAAUGUGUGUUCAUAACUGUGUUCAUGACUUGCACUAAUGAUUGUUGAUUAUUAAGUUAUAUAAAAGAGCCAAUCACUUAAUAACCACUAAUGCAAUAAUAUAUGUAUCCGGAAUAAAAUAUUAAAGUGGUGUCA